CCUUUUCUUUAGCUCUGCACCCCCGAAAACAACAAGGGGUUGCAUGCUGCCAUGCUGGUGCUGGGCAAAUAAAAGCAGGCGAGGAAGGAAUCAUUUACGACAGUCGACUCUCAGUCAGUGCAUCGUCGAUUCAAUUCCCAAUUUCACAGUGAGAGAGGGAGGGAAGGAGGGGGGGUGGGAAAUGGAGACCGAAUUGAAAGAGAUUCUUGGCGAUCUUGAAUCGCUUGAGCGAUCCUUGCCCGAUGCUUCUCCCCAUGCCUCCAUCGACAAGCUGAGGUCGCGGGUGAUGCAUCUAUCUGAGCUUGCAAAAUUUGCCCCAGUUCGUCGCUCGAAAGUCAAGGAUAUGAGUGCCGAGGUUGUAGACAGUAACCCUUAUAGUAGGCUCAUGGCACUACAAAGGAUGGGAAUUGUGGAGAAUUAUGAAAGGAUACGGGAGUACUCCGUUGCUAUAGUUGGAAUUGGUGGCGUGGGAAGUGUCGCUGCUGAGAUGCUCACGCGGUGUGGUGUAGGUCGCCUCUUGCUGUAUGAUUAUGACAAAGUCGAGUUAGCUAACAUGAACAGGCUAUUUUUCCGUCCAGAACAGGUUGGGAUGACAAAGACCGAUGCUGCUGUUCAGACUCUGUCAGACAUAAAUCCAGACGUUGUCCUUGAGAGCUAUACAUUUAAUAUAACAACACUACAAGGCUUUGAAACCUUCAUAUCAAGUUUGAAGAAUAAGUCCUUUCAUCCAGACAAAGAAGGUAGCGGCGUGGAUCUUGUGUUAAGCUGUGUUGAUAAUUAUGAAGCCAGAAUGGUUGUUAACCAGGCUUGCAAUGAGUUGAAUCAGACAUGGAUGGAAUCUGGUGUCUCUGAAGAUGCCGUGUCUGGUCAUAUCCAAUUGCUGAUUCCUGGGGAAACGGCAUGUUUUGCCUGUGCUCCUCCUCUUGUUGUAGCAUCUGGAAUAGAUGAACGUACGCUUAAACGUGAAGGGGUUUGUGCUGCAUCGUUACCAACUACUAUGGGAGUUGUUGCAGGUCUUCUUGUUCAAAAUACACUAAAGUUCUUGCUUAAAUUUGGACAUGUCUCACCAUACCUGGGAUACAAUUCUCUUAAAGACUAUUUCCCAACCAUGGAAAUGAGGCCAAAUCCUCAAUGUGCUAAUGCAGCAUGUCUAGAACGACAGAAAGAAUACAUGCUUGUGAAGCCAGCUAGGGAUGCUGCUGCUAAAGCCAAGAUGGAGGCUGAGGCACCGUUUGCUGCUGAAUGUCCUCUUCAUGUUGAUAAUGAGUGGAACAUAAGUGUUGUUGAUGAUAAUGAUACAAAGCAGACGGAUGCUGCAAGUUCAGAUGCUCUUCCCAAAGGACUCACUCGAGAACUUCCUAGUGCUGAUGAGUUUCAGAAUGCUCCCACCUCUGGAUCAGCAUAUAUUGAUGACCUCGAAGAUCUAAGGAAGCAACUUGAUGCGCUUAAUUCUUUUUAAGAAGCCUUUUAGACCCGCCAAGAGUUGUAAGUGCCAAGCAUUCAACUGUUAGGUUAGCUGCUUCCAUUUUCGAGCACCAGGAUUGUAAAACUGGAUUUCGCAUUUGGGAUCAUAAAUCUCGAAUCGUUAGUAUCUAAGGGAGCACAGGAGAGAUCACCACCUAUUCAUGUGGUCGGAAGUCGCAUCCUUUGCUUCUUAGGCCGGAUCUACCAAAUUUGUUUCGUCGUUUGAUAUAGUUUAAUACGUCAUACGGGCUUGAAUUAUUUUUUUAUGGAAGAGAAUUUUU